AUGAAUUCUCUUUCAUCGAAUGCUCUGCAAAGGUACGCAGCAGCAGCAGCAGCAGCAGCAGCAGCAGCAGCAGGAGCAACAGAGGCAACAGCAACAGCAGCAGCAGCAGCAGCAGCAGCAGCAGCAGCAGAGGCAACAGUAACAGCAGCAGCAGCAGCAGCAACUGCAGCAGCAGCAGCAGAGGCAACAGUAACAGCAGCAGCAGCAGCAGCAACUGCAGCAGCAACGGCAGCAGCAACAGCAACAGCAGCAGCUGCUGCAGCUGCAGGAAGGGCGUGCUAUAGGUUUCGCUUGUUAGUUAGGACGGGGCACAACGUCAACCGGCUGUUCGAAGACCUGGCUGUGCAGGAGGUGAAAAGUUUUUGCGCCUCAAAUGAAUUCUCUUUCAUCGAAUGCUCUGCAAAGACGGGGCACAACGUCAACCGGCUGUUCGAAGACCUGGGUACGUUGAGGCCUCUGCUGCAGCAGCAGAGGCUUGCUGCAGCAGCAGCAGCGCUCGCUGCAGCAGCAGCAGCAGCAGUGAUUCCUGCAGCAGCAGCACCGCUCGCUGCAGCAGCAGCAGCAGCAGCAGCGGUUGCUGCUGCAGCAGCAGCAGCAGUGAUUGCUGCUGCAGCAGCAGCAGCACCAGCAGCAACGGUGAUUGCUGCAGCAGCAGCGGCAUUAGCAGCUGCUGCGGCCCCUGCUGCUGCUGCUGCUGCUAGCAGCAGCAGCAGCAACAGCAGCAGCAGCAGCAGCAGCAGCACGGUAGCAGCAGUAGCAGCAGCAGCAGCUGCUGCUGCUGCUGCUGUGGCGCUCCCUGUGACGCUGCUGCAGCAGCAGAGGCUUGCUGCAGCAGCAGCAGCGCUCGCUGCAGCAGCAGCACCAGCAGUGAUUGCUGCAGCAGCAGCACCGCUCGCUGCAGCAGCAGCAGCAGCAGUGGUUGCUGCUGCAGCAGCACCGCUCGCUGCAGCAGCAGCAGCAGCAGUGAUUGCUGCUGCAGCAGCAGCAGCAGUGAUUGCUGCUGCAGCAGCAGCAGCGGUGGUUGCUGCAGCAGCAGCACCAGCACCAGCAGCAACAACAACGGUGAUUGCUGCAGCAGCAGCGGCAUUAGCAGCUGCUGCGGCCCCUGCUGCUGCUGCUGCUGCUGCUGCUGCUGCUGCUGCUGCUGCUGCUAGUGUAGUAAAGAGAUGA